UAUAUCGAUAUUAAAUGUUUUAAAAAAUUAUUACAUCAUUAAAAUACAAAUAAGUAAUAAAUCAUGUUGUAUUUUUAAUUUUUAAUAAUUUCUUUGAUAUCAGUACAUAUAUGAUAUGUUGUAGUAAAACAUAUAAUUAUUUAGAAUUUAAUUUUAUUAACAGGUACAAUUCUCUUUUUUUCAAACAUCGGAUUCAUCUUUGAAAUGGCGGAAAACACAGAGAAUGCUGAACCAAGUUCAAGUAGUUAUGAAUCUUUGUCACAUGAAGAAAGACGAAAUAUAAUUGUGGCGCAGCUGUUGGCUCGAUUUGAAGGAAACGAACAUGAGCAAGCAUUUCCUGUAAACCCAACAUUGACAGAUAGUGAAGAGUCUGAAUCAGAAGACGGUAAUGAAGACCGAUUAGGCAACACAGUUUGGUGUUCCUGCGAUUGCUGCAUCCCAAUGGCUAGCCAAAUUGAGUCUGUGUGCUGUCGUGAAAUUACAGCAAUUGAAGCUAGUAUACCAGAGGGAAGCAGUUGUAUAACUAGCGCUGAAAUUUUUCAAUCGCAAAUAGCAACAGAGGCACAUGUAAGACUAACAUGUAUGACAAUGCACCUUGACGAUCAACCGAUUGUAGAUGCAGACAACAAUCGGAGAUUAAGAAAAACAGCGUACCGGUCAUUCAUCGCUUGGAUCUAUGGAUAUUUAGGGAAAGGAAAUAGACGAGUUAUUCCCUCUUGUGCCGUAAAAACUAUAAGAGAAGUUUUCCCAGAUCCAAACGCAACUUACGUUGGAUUUCAAUAUGCACAAGACUACGAUGCCUACGAAAUGGCUUUCCAUUGAAAAAAAAUUUUUUUUUU